AAACAUCUUUCUUCUUACACAAAACAGCUGUUGAAGCAAUUUCCGAUAACAUGGUGCCAAUACAAGUGUAAAUCAUGAUAGAUGGGAUUAUAAUUUGCUAAUGCCUGUUUCCGGGGCACAAUAAACAUUUCAGUUCAUUGUGAUACGGUGAAAUACGAUGUUAUGUAUUUCGUACGGUAUUAGUCGAUCAUAAACAAAAAAUGACAGACAACCCCACACAAGCUUGUGCAUUUGUACCUCAGGAAUCGAGCAGCGAUGGCGUUGAUGAUGUCAGCAAGCUAGCAGUGGGACUCUUAGCUCUCUACCAACCUGAACUCAAGAAAGUAAAACAACAACUUGAUGAACUAACCAAGAAGCAGACAAGCCUGAUAGACAAAUUGCAGGAUGAGAAUCGCAGGUUUAACAAUGUGCAGACAUCAGAAGAACUUCAGCAAAUGUUUACAACAGUGAAACUGUACCAGACGAAGCUCGUCACUAUUAAGAAAGAGAUGAUGCAGCUGUAUGACAGAGCCACAAAGCUUAAAACGAGGGCACUGAAACUUCAGCAGACAAAACAGAAGGCAGCUCUACAUCGUCAACAGCAGAGGGAAUUACAACUGCAGCGAGAGACUGACCUCAUCGCCAAGCCCUCAUCAUCAUGUGGCGAGAAAGGAAAGAGCUCUUAACUUCAACAAAGGCGUGCCAGCCCUUGUGCCUUUGUUUUCUCACUCGAUGUCAAUAUAAACAGCAAUAUAUAUAAAAUUAAUAAUAUGGGACUCAAAGAUGUAUGUAUAAUUCUUGGAGCUGAAACAUGAAGAUAGGAAGGGCUUCAGAAAUGCAGUUUGAAUGCACAGGGUACUUAUAAAAUCUACUCAGCCAUAAUCUUGCAAUGUGCUUCAGACAAAUAUUUUUAUAGUUUCCACUCCGCGUUAGCAUUUCUGGAGACCUGAAAUUGGGUACAGGUAUAUGUAGAACAAAUGCCUGUGUGCCAUCACGUAUAUGAGGGCAUGCAGCAUAUAAGGCGAAAGUCAUGAAUGCGUAUGUAUAUUAUAUUGAAUACGAUCUGCAAUAAACACGCUGUUCUCUGA